AUGGCAGUCCUAAACAGCUCGAAGAGCAAGACUCGUACAGAAGAAAAGCAUGAGUAUGAGUUCUUUGGUCCUCCCGGCGCUGCCGCAAUCAUCUUCCUUCUGCCCAUAGUGGUCUAUGCCACUGUUUUUCUCUGCAACGACGUUUCGGGAUGCCCUGCGCCCGCCCUGCUCGACCCUAAGACACUGACACUCGAGAAGCUGAAGAAACAAACACCCUGGCCCGAGAACGGAAUUGCAGGUCUGUUCGAUCUCGAAGUCACACUAUGGGUUCUGGCAUAUUAUGCUCUCAGUCUUGCCCUGCAAUUAUUCCUGCCUGGCGAAGAAGUGGAUGGCACCACGCUCGGUACAGGAGGUAGACACCAUUAUAAGUUCAAUUCUUUCAACUCAGCCCUCCUCAUCCUUGCCGGCCUUGGUGCCGGAACGGCUCUUCAGGGCGCCGACUUUGUGGUGUGGACAUACAUCUGGGACAACCUGCCUCAAGUCGUCACCGCAAACCUCCUGAUCUCCUACGCCCAAGCAAUUUACGUCUAUCUGGCAUCAUUCUCAGUUCCUCACCCUGGUCAGCCCAACCCCGAGCACCGGGAGCUUGCUAAAGGUGGACAUACCGGAAACAUGCUUUAUGACUUCUUCAUUGGCCGCGAACUGAACCCGCGCAUCGCAAUGCCCACAUGGAUCCCGGUCGCCGGUGGUCAGGUCAUUGAUAUCAAAGUUUUCAACGAAAUGAGGCCUGGUCUACUCAAUUGGGUAAUACUCGACCUGGCAUUUGUCGCUCAUCAGUACAAGACUCACGGAUAUAUGACCGAUUCUAUCCUUUUGGUCACUUUCUUCCAGGUGCUCUAUGUCAUGGACGCCCUGUACAUGGAGCCAGCCAUUAUGACCACCAUCGACGUAACGACCGAUGGGUUUGGUUUCAUGCUCGCCUUUGGCGAUCUGACCUGGGUACCUUUCAUUUAUAGUCUGCAAACCCGUUACCUUGCCGUCUACCCAUUGACUCUUGGAGUUACCGGCAUCGCUGGGGUCUUGGCGGUUCAAGCUCUGGGCUACUACAUCUUCCGGGGUGCCAACAACGAAAAGAACCGUUUCCGCACCAACCCAAAUGACCCUCGUGUUUCACACUUGGAGACGAUGACCACUGAAUCCGGCUCCAAGCUUCUGGUAUCUGGAUGGUGGGGUACCGCUCGACAUAUCAAUUACCUUGGCGAUUGGAUCAUGUCCUGGAGCUAUUCACUUCCGACUGGCGUGGCCGGAUAUAUCAUCAACAGAUAUCAGAAUCCUGUCACCGGUAACAUAACGAGAGAGGUUGUGCAAGGAGACGUACGUGGCUGGGGAGUCAUAUUCAGCUACUUCUAUGUUAUAUAUUUCGGCGUAUUACUAGUGCACCGACAGCUCAGAGACGAGGAGAAGUGUCGGAAGAAGUAUGGGAAAGAUUGGGAGCUCUACUGCAAGCGUGUCAAGUGGAGGAUCAUUCCAGGUAUCUACUAG